AUGACUACCGACACCGCUUCCGCCUCUCCGGCCCUCCAGGGCCUCCAGAAUGGCACAGCAUGGUACAACCUAACCUCAUGGACUGUCAACGUUACUCGUUAUGCACCUUCUUUCGAAGACAUCGUCUCGGCAGCCCCCCGUAUGGCUAGGAAGCUGGGCUCCUUCGUCUCCCAUCAUGACUUGCUGAAUGCAGACGGAAGCGACGGACAGGGGCCAGUCGCGGCUGCAGCUGCCGGCCUCAAUAAUGCUGUAGCUGCCGAAUCGAACCUCUACAACUUCGUUGACUCAUCGGAGGGAGAGACUGUGGGCGCCCUGGGAGCGUCACCGGAUACGGCUGCGAGAGCUUCCGGUAUCACCAUCGAUGGCACUCGCGGCUUUGGUAGCGUCUUCACCUACGCCACCAGCAAGUGGGCUCUGGCCUGUAUUGGCAUGGCUGUCGUCCUCAACCGAACACAUAUAUACGCUGCUACCCGACGGCGCCUUCGCCUCCGUUGGACCGUCCGGCUACUAUUGCGGUUCCUGCCCAUCGUCCUCAUCACCAUGCAGUCUGUCCGGCUGCUGCAGUCUCUCCAAUGUCAGACGUCACCGGACUUUGCCAUGAUGCGGUGGGGGGACAGCACCAAGUCGUCUGAUCUCAUGUUCUUGCACCAGAACAAAUUUUUCAACUCUCUCGCCGGCACUCUGCUCCAAUCAACCGAUGAACAGUCUUGCCUCGCGGUUAACAUGGUACCCUCGCCGGAUGAUGUAUCGACACAGCACCUCCGUGGGUCUCUCUCGCGCCUGUGGCCCCUCUUCGCGACUUUCUGCCUCAGCCACUUCCUAGAGACGCUGUCUUGUGCUGUCCAGGGCCGUGCUCAUGCCUACGAGACAGCCAUGACCCUCUUCGAGCAGUCGCUGGCAUUCGCCGAGGCUGACGCUGCAGUUAGUAACCAGCUGGCAUGGAGUAAACCUACCAAGACUUCCCUUGGCGUAACCACUUCCAUGACAGGGACCACCGUCUCCAUCACAAAGUCAAUGAUUAUGCGACGCGUCAAUACCCCGCCAGAGGUAUUGUUCGUUGCUCUGUUGUCGUCUCUGACGCACAUAUCGAGUCAUGUUCUCGGUGUCUUUGAUCUGCAGGCCAGGUACCGUCUAGUCAACACCGGCUUCUGGGCCUUUUGCUUCAUGUCAACAUUGUUGUGGAGCGCCGCAACAUUUGACAUGGACGAUGCGACCUCCCAGGGACUACUGAGAUACCCCACAGUCUGCAUCAUUGGCCUCAUCCCACACGCUCUCGUUCUUAUGGGGAUCCUGAUCUGCCUCUUCAUCUACGCCAUAGGCCUGGGAUUGUCGGCCCUGUCACCCUCUCCCGAGGAGGAGCGUCAGGGGCUAACUUUCCGCCAGCGACUCGUCCAGGCGCACCACAAUAUGCAAGCCAAUGUGACACUGUCUGAGAUCCGCAUCGCGCGGGAGAUGGAUAUCUACACUGCUCUACUAAGGGCUGGAUUCGCCGCCGUCACCAUGGCCAGUGAGGCUGUGUACCUCAAUGAGGAUCGCGGUGUAAGCUUGAAGCGGCAUACCUGGCUGGAGGAGGCCCGUCUCAAAGAGGUUGAGGACUUGCAAAAGAGCUGGUCCAGCAUCGGGCCUGCCACAUCUAGCUUCGACCAGAUUGGUGCUAUUGGUCUCGUCCCUGUCAAGGAGAACAGACUGAGCGUCAACAAUGGUUUCUCACGAGAGCGUGCGGCCCAGGCUGUCCCAAACGCGCGAACCGAGCGUGGGAUGCGUGUCGGUGUCGGAGCGACGGAGAGGAGCGCCAGAUGGGUUAUGGCGGUGGAGCUGUUCGUCAACAUCUUGAGGUUGUUUGCACGACUGGGGGCCAUUGUCAUCCUCUGGGUCCUGAGCGUUGCCCGUAUCCGGGCUCAACCAGAAUGGCUUCUGCGACUCGCCCGUCGAAACAAGGAAGAGCGUGAUGGGGACUCGGCGUCCAGCAAGGAGUCUGAGCGACCCGUUGCGGCGGCGUCGGGUAGCAGUAACCCUGACACGAUGGACGUCAUGGACAUUGAGGCCGAGAUCCGACGUACGGCGGAGGACCAGCCCGAAGAGAGCCUGGAUGCAAACCUGUACAGCUACUGGCUUCAUGGCGGGUGGUGGGGAUCAAAGGACACGAGCGGUGACUACGAACCCUCGACGGUGGAUGACGACAACUGGGACGCAACGAGCAUGAUUUCAACGACGACGAUGACAACAGAUAACCCCACCCCCAGCGAGGCAGGAUGGAUGUCGGAGGACGAAGGCCAGAGGACCCCGACGCGGCGCUCGCCGCGCACCUCCUUCGCCGAGGCCGCUCAGAUGGACAGCCCGCUGUCUAUGGGUGAUCUUGCCCGGCUCCUGCAGCCCAAGAACGCCGAGGAGCGGGCCAACUCUCGUGCCCUGGCAGCCCACUUCCAGAGCGACCGGAUAGUGACGCGUUCCCGCUUCAAGCGCAUGGAGCAGCUUCAGCGCACGCGCAUCCUCACCAAUGCGGGAACGCAGUCCGUCUCCCUUCCCGACGACAACAACACUACCGGUCAUAGUGGCAGCGGCGGCCGUGGUGGCUCCCUAGGCCGACCCAACGGCAAGAUGAGCGAGGAAGAGGAGGAGCGCGUCCUGGAGCAGCUCCUCCUAAGCCGACGGAACGAGGCGGCCAAGGCGGGCAGCAACCUCAACGGCAGAGGCGAGGAGGAGACGUCGUACGGGAGCGACGGCCCACACUGCGUCGUGUGCCAAUGCGCGCCGCGGGCCAUCAUCGUCUGGCCGUGCCGCUGCCUCAGCCUGUGUGAUGACUGUCGCGUGUCGCUAGCUAUGAACAAUUUCGACAAGUGCGUCUGCUGCAGGAGGGAGGUUAUGAGUUUCAGUCGCAUAUAUGUUCCUUGA